AGGGCGCCUAAAAGAGGUCCUUUUUCCUGGUGACGUGUUACGUUCCUUUGACAGCGAUAUGUGAAAGUAAACGAUAACGAAAGAAUUAAAACGCUGCCUAGCUUUCGAUUAAGAGGCUUUUACUGUGAUAUUGGUGACGUCUUCUACCGUCAAAGAAGAUGGAGACGCUUUACCAUCAGACCAAUAAACAUAUCCAGGAGGUUCAGUCUCAGAUGGGACGACUGGAGAAAACAGAUCGCGAGUCAGUCCACUUAUUUGAGAAUGAACUACAAGCCAGAAUUGAUCAGAUCUUUAACCAACUGGAGCGACUGGAGAUUCUAGCAAGCAAAGAACCACCAAAUCGGCGCCAAAAUGCCAAACUGCGUGUUGAUCAGUUAAAGUAUGACAUGCAGCAUCUACAGACAGCCCUGAGGAACUUUCAGCACAGACGCUACGCUCGUGAGGCACAGGAGAGAGAGAGAGAUGAGCUUUUGAGCCGAAGUUUUACAACUAAUGACGCUGACACCUCCAUCCCCAUUGAUGAGACCCUGCAGUUCAAUACCAGCCUUCACAAUGCUCACAGAGGAAUGGAUGAUCUUCUGGGCUCAGGCUCCGGUAUCCUUAACGGCCUAAGAGAGCAAAGAAGCACGCUCAAGGGUACCCAUAAGAAGAUGUUGGAUGUUGCAAACAUGUUGGGCUUGUCUAACACUGUCAUGCGUUUGAUUGAGAAGCGAGCAUCGCAGGACAAGUUCAUCAUGAUUGCUGGAAUGCUGGCUUCUUGUUUUGUCAUGUUCCUGGUGGUGAAAUACCUUAGCUGAACCUUCUGACCUUUAGCCGACCUACUGUCUUGGAGGAGCUCAUCAGUGGCACAUUCCAGCUCUUAUGGACCUUUUUGUGAAAAUUCAGUUUUUAAUUAUAAUCAGAUCCAAUUCUAACUUACCUCACUUGUGAAAAAAAUAGUCAAAUUCAGUCACUGUUAUGGUGUAGUAAAGUCAGUCUCAUCUCUGCCACUGUAAUGCUUAAUCCUUUAUAGUUUCGGCAGUGUUUUGAUUUCUUUCAUCACCUGAGUAGACCUAAAAAUCUGCUUGAACAAGCACACUGGUGCUACAGCACCUUAUUUUGAAAUCUCUACUGCUAAUAACUGAAGAUCUCUUGACUUACGUCUUUCUCUUUGUAUCGCUGUUUUGCUGUUGCUCAUUGUAUAUUAGUAUCAGAGCGGUUAGUGUUUAAAAUUAGUAAAUUACAACAUUUUCAGCAGAAAGGAUUAAAUAAUUUGUCCUUUAUUCUGCCUCUUUAUUGCCACCCUCUGGACAUCAAACCCUGUGUUUGAGUCCUCAGUCUUUGAGUAUUCAGUGCUGUGCUGGAAUCUACUGUAUUGUUUAUAAUGCCUCUAAACCUUACUAGGCUGUAUACACUAAAAUGUUUCUGGGCACACACAAAAAUACACAAAACUAUGCCCUUGUUUGUAAUCUUAAAACUGUGUCAGUGUAUGCGCCUGAAUCCAAGCAGGGGUCACAGCCCCUGGCUAACAGGAAAUUAGAUUUUUUAUUGGACAGCUGCUGCUUGAUUUGCCACUUUGUAUGCUCACUUUCACAUACACUCAGGACCCCAGCAAGCCUCAACAACGUCCUCCUAGAACAGUUACAGUAUACAUGACAUCUGUCUUAUAUACCCUGAAAUUCACUGAAACUAAAUCUGCUUCCAGGCCAUAGAGUAUGCACUGCAUGUGCAGUGGGCAGGUAAGUCAACAGACUUCAGUUUUUAAUCCAGUUGUUAACAUGAAUUUAUUUUAAAUGGCAUUUGCUAAAAAUUCAUAAUUAUGAAAACAUUAACACUGUUUGUAUUCUAUUAAACACUGAGUUGCCCUGA